AUGGCGAGGAAUCUUCUUCAAAGAGCACAACCCACCAAGGGCAUGAUGUCCGCCCCACCACCAGCCCAACCAACCAACCUCGUCCAAAGCAAAAUCUUCGGCCAGGUCAAGAAAGGCCACGGCCUAACCCGUGCCGGCGAACUAAAGCGAGGCUGCAUGCCCUCGACAGCGGAUCUCCGCACUCAAAUGAGUCCGCCGAAGCGCGGACCGCUCGAUCAAGGUGUAGGUCUCGGCAUUGGCGGCUUGUUGCGAGAGUAA